ACGUGUGUGUACCCAGGUGGCAGACAUCUGUCCUGACUUUGUUCCAGUAAUUGCCACAGUUGAGCAGUAUGUGUGUUUGUAAUCGGUGCUGGCUGGCGACCUUAGUCGUGUCGGCUGUGGUCCUCCUGUCCCAGGCCCAAGGAUUACCCCUUCAGAGUUCUCCCAAUCCGAACCAAGUGGAAAUCCCCGAACCUUCAAAAGCGGAGACCUUUACCAACGAACAACUUGAUACACUAUCUGCUGUUCAGUAUUCCGAUCCGGGGAAAGAAAACACUAGUGCUGAUCAAGGCAAUAAAGACAAAGAGGCUGAGAUAUCCAAAACACCUGGUUUAUCAGCGGCUGCUAAUGCAGUAGAACAGCCUUCACACAUCCAAGUAGACGAGAAACGGAGCCAACAAAGAGAGCCUCCACCAUCCCAGGAUGCAGUACAAAACGUAUCAGUCGUGGACAUGAUCAAGCCUGUAGCUACUCCGUCUUCCGUCGAACCAGAAACUGUCAGUACACCCAGGACAUCUAAAACAGGGGAGCAAGUGCCACAGAUCAACGUGUCCGUAUCAAAGACCAUCAACCCUGUAGCUGCCUUCUCUAAAGAUUCAACAAGCGACACAGUGGUAACAAUGAAAGAAGUGAAUUCUGAAAACCAACAACCUGUAAAAGAAGCGAAGGUAGAUGUAGCUGUCACCCCCUCCGUUCAAUCAGAGGUACCCCUGAUACAGACUGCAACCUCGCUCAACCAAGCAUUACCUCCACAAAACCAGGAACAUGACAAAACUCUUCCGCAUACAGAACAGUACAGAAGCCAACCCCUUACUACAGUAAUUACACCUGUACAUGUAAUCGAUGUCCAGCCAGUUGAAAAACAAACCAUAAGCAACACUAACACAAAUGCCAUCGUAGAUCAAAAUUCUCCUCUCAAGAAAGAAUCUGCUAUAACGUUAGAGACAGACGGCUUGGUUCCAAAUGUAUCUACAAAAUCAUCAACUCAACAUGCUGCUUUCACUAUUACACCAAAAGAGUUUGCAAAGAAAACUGCGAAUACGCUUGCGCAAAAAGCGGACGAAAAGGGUCUAGCAAUAGCCUCAAACUAUGUGGAAACUGAUAACCCUAGUCACCAGGAUAUUCAAACGGAAAAUGUUCUCAUAAAUGCGCCAAAACCUGACAAAGUUAAACCCCAUAAGUAUCCCACCGAGGAUCUAAAAACUCUUGAGGGUAGUGAAGAAAAUGCUAGACCCUCAAAUACACAUGAUGAGAUUCAGUCUGAGAAAGAAACCCAGCAGUCUGUUGGUCAUUCAAAAGACGUGGAUUUAGUUAGUGUAGAUACACUAGCAAGCAACAUAAUUAAUAAUCUCAAGAAAAUUACUGACGAAGCAGGUAAGGCUUGGGAACAUAUACGUAACAGGGUGUCUUGGCUCGGAGAAGCUGCAGAAGUCCUGCAAAUGUACAAUAAGCACAUAACAGAAACCAAAGACUAUAUUAGGUGUGAAACUCAUGAUCAAGAAAAAUAUGAAGAGAGUAAAAAGAAUGUAAAAAAUAUAAAAGAUAGAUGUGAAAAUUCCUUGAAAAAGAAAGAACGGCACGACCUUGAAAAUAAAGUUAAAGAAAGAACUGACUUGGUAAAUAAAUUAGUUGAAGACUACAAAGCACAAAUUUGUAAGAUAUCUGAGGAUCAUAUCUAUGAUUCAAAAAGGUUGGAAAAUGAACAAAAUACAAGAAAAAAACUUCAAGAUUUUGAUUCUAAAUCUUUUGAACAGUUUUUGAUAGAUUUAAAAGAUAAGUCUUUGAAGAUAGACGAGGAAGAAUAUGAGAAGUGUAUUGACAAAGAGGAAACAAAGAAGGAAGGUGAGGCAAUAAUAUCUGAAAUUCGUUCAGCAAUAAUGAAAAUUUACAAAUGUGUUUAAUGUUAUCUUUGAAUCACAAUCAUUAUUAAAGUUUGUAAAGAACUAGAGUACAAAAUGUCUUUAUGAAGAACAAAUACUUAAGUUUAGCUUAUUUAUUCGUUAGUAAAAUAACAUUUAUAUUUUUAUAAAACACUUUUAUUAAUUCCUUUUAGGUUAUAGACUUGGU